AAAAAUGCAUAUUACAGUUGGUAACAACAAACAACUACUCACAUGGGCUUUGGUUAUGUUGAAUUAAAUCCCUGUUCACAAAGAAUGACAUAAAUUCUUACUGCAUGUGUUCUAAGUAUAACCCCUCUUGUACCAACUCCAUCAAAGUGACCACAAUAUAUACCCAUCUUAAAUUUGUGUUUUGACUUGUAAGGAAAACAGGAAUUUCAAAGUACAGUCAUUAAUAGAGUGAUUAACUAUGUACUAGGAAAAACUUCACAAACAAGUACUCAUUUCUUGAGAAUUUCUAUUGUUUCCGGAAUUCAUCAACACUUUAUUGUUUGAGUUGUCACACUUGCUAUAUCUUUUUAUGGGGAAUGAUGAAUUUUCAUUAUCUGUUUAUCUGUAUUUCUUCUUCUGCUAAUGAAGGAGAACUUUUGAGAAACAUCCAUCAUAUAAGAUGAGAAGAUGAAGACUAGAAAGCAGAGAUAGGUACCUGGAAAAAGGCCAGUUUGUCUGUGAUAUCUUGUUUUCAUUGGUGUGGCAUUGCCCUACCCAACACAACUAUUCUCUUUAAAGGAAUAUUUGAGAUCUACUAAUUUGAUUUUCUAAGUACUUUUUGAAGUAAAAGCCCACUUGCAUUUUGUACCUGUAGUGAUGAAAAUUAUGCUAUUGGGAUGACUGAUUGACAGGGACUUCAACAUCCGUCAGUGUUGCUUACCAUCAGUAUAACACUAUACUGCUCUGUAUCUGCUAGAGUAUGAGUGUUAUUGGAGAUGGACAAUCCAGUUCAGUAUCUUUCUUUCGUUUCAGAUCCUGAUUCCUCAACUAAUUUGUAUCACAGUUUCAAUGUUUAAGCUUGUGGAAGAAGACUCGGAAUUUCGAAGGAUAUGGCAGGGUCAUUUGCCACCAUCAUAGGAAGUGCUGCAGGAGGAGUUCUACUGGUUCUGAUAGUAGCUGGCUUACUAUGGUAUUGUUUACAUUACAGGAAGUUAUCGAAUAAGAACUCAGAGAGUUCUUCAGAUCCAUCUGCUCUAGUGGAAUGGAACAGAGGAGGAUCAGUUUCAGUGGGAGGUCCCGCGCUAUAUGGACCACAGGGAGCAAGACAAUUCAAACUUGAAGAAUUGGAUCAAGCAACUAAGAAAUUCAGCGAAACCAAUUUUAUCGGAGUUGGAAGUUUUGGUUUGGUUUAUACGGGUUUGCUUCAUGAUGGAACUUUUGCUGUAGUCAAAAGACGAUCUGGUGCUCCUCGACAGGAAUUUGUGGAAGAGGUGUGCUACCUCUCGGACAUUCAACACCGUAACCUUGUUACUCUCCUCGGCUACUGUCAGGAAGAUGGUUCUCAAAUGUUAGUUUACGAAUACUUACCAAACGAUAGUGUUUGUAGUCAUUUAUACGAUAAUAAUGGGGAAGAAUCAACGACAAAACUAGAGUUCAAGCAAAGGCUUUCAAUUGCUUUGGGAGCAGCUAAAGGUUUAUGUCAUUUGCACUCACUGAAACCGCCUUUAGUACACAAGAACUUCAGAACAGCAAAUGUCCUAGUCGACGAGAAUUUCAUUCCUAAAAUUGCAGAUGCGGGGAUUUUAAGACUACUGGAAAAAAUUGAAGAGGCUGGCCCUUCAUCAGGAACCGCUAAUGAGAAUGCUUUCCGAGAUCCAGAGAUUGAAGAAUCAAGACUCCUCUCUGAAUCCGGCGAUGUAUACAGCUUUGGAGUAUUUCUUUUAGAGCUUAUAAGUGGACAGGAAGUUUCAAAGAUUAGCUUCUCAGCACCUGGUGAAAGCUUGAUAAAAUGGAUUGAAUCCCGUCUGGGAUUGAAUAGCCUUGUGGACAAUCGGCUAACCAGCAACUUCACUUCGGAGGGAAUGAAAGAUCUGAUUAGGCUCACAAUAGGUUGCCUAAAUAAAAUUGGAAGAUGGCGACCGAAGAUGGAUAUGGUUGUGAGAGAGCUUGACCGGAUUCUCGAAAAGGAAAUGACACGGACAACAGUUAUGGGCACAGGUAUUACUACAGUAGUUACUCCUGGGAGCGAAUUGUUUACUUCAAAAUAAACAAUGAAGAAACUGAAGAAGCAAUCUUUAGCAAAGGAAGUGAUAUUGGAAUGACUGCAAUUGAGGAAUGGUAAGGCUUCAUCAAUGAUGAUAAAGGUGGAAAAGAAUACAUUACUUCUAAAUUUGUUAGGCCAAAAAUCUGUUAUAUACACUGUAAGGAAGCUUGCUUCAACUUACUCUAUUGCAAGGAUGAAAAAACUGGUUCCCCUUAAGACUGGGGUGUAUAAUACUAUUUGAUUACUACAAA